UUCAAAACAAUCGCCGACUGCAAUAGUUAAACAAAUAACGAAAUACAAUUUAACUCCCUGCAGGUGUACCGCGGUCGUUUUACUUUAUCGACUGGCAAUUCUUGCAGACUUAUAGUCGGUUUAUCCACCACAUCAUAAUAUAUAUUUUGUAAUAUAAACGUGUACUGGGAUAGUACGCGUACAUAGGUUAGGUAUUCUCAUAUCCUAUACAAUAUAUCCUGGAAAUGAAAUUCGUAACAACUAUUACUGCAAUCGUUUUACCGCUGCUCCUGCUGUUUGAGAUCAAGCCGAUCAAUGCUCGUAUUUUGAGAUCCAUUUGGCAAAGUUUGACCAGUAAUAAGCCGGCCGAAAAUUACAACGCCCCGGCUUUUCAAGACAACGCCCCGGUUUUUCAAGACAACGCCCCGGUUUUUCAAGACAACGCGGUCAGAAGUGAAGACAUCGAUCAGCCUGGAGAUUUAGACGAUCGAUCAUUAUUUGUCGAUGGCACCAGUUUAGAUUUUGUUUAUUGGAACUCAGACCUUGGAAAUAAUAAAUCAAUAAUAUUUGAAUUUGGCAAUGAGAAACAAAUAAUCGAACAUUGGAUUAGGGGUAAACCUUUAAAAGUCAUAACGCAUGGAUGGCGUGGAUCAGAUGAAGACGACAAAGGAGUGUUUGCUAUAAAAACCGCAUACGUGGAUAUUGGAGGAUUCAAUAUUAUCACUGCAGACUGGAAUCGAGUGGCAAAAAACUUACUGUACCCAAUGCCGGCCUAUUUAACCGUUCAGGUGGGUUCAAUAAUCGCCAAAUUGUUGGAAAAUUUUGUUAACCUUGCGGUGAUUGACCCAUCUGAUAUUCAUAUUAUUGGCCAUAGUCUCGGUGCGCAUGUGUCCGGGGCAUGUGGUGCUGCGUUCAGCCUUGGGGACAUUGGCAGAAUUACAGGUUUAGACCCAGCUGGUCCUGGAUUCGAGUACGUGUCAUUGCGUUCAGACCGUUUAGACAGUACUGAUGCAACAUUUGUAGACGUGAUACAUACGGCAAGUGGGACAGCUGGAUACUCAAAACCCUUAGGACAUGCCGAUUUUUAUCCAAACGAAGGGAAACCCCCUCAGCCGGGAUGUUUAGAAUCAUAUAAGCCGAGCGCGUUUGUAAACCUCAUCGGUUGCAGCCAUUCAAGAUCGCAUCAAUUUUACACAGAUUCCAUUUACCAUAGAUACUCCUUGAUAGCUACAGAAUGUCCUUCGUGGGAUGAGUAUACGAGUGGCGAAUGUAAAAAUAAUAAUAAAAGUCCUAUGGGACAUGACGCAGAUCCAAAAGCAAAUGGACUUUUUUACCUGGAGACCAACGACGUUGCCCCUUAUGGAAUGUCGACAGUCACACCAUGAAAAACAUAAACAAUUUACACUCUUACGUAAAUACGAUUUUUUAUAUUUAUGUGCAGUUUGUUAAGUUUGAUUACUAUUGUCUCAUUCUAAUUUAAACUAAUAUAUGUAUGCUUAUGAUAUUUUUAAGAUUUAUGUCGAAUUAAUAAACAGUUUUUAAAUA